AAAAGGACCGUAGUCUGUAAAAGUGAUAUCAGUAUAACAUCGGAGCGCGUAGCAGCCGGAUCACUGGCAUUAAUGAGCACACUAAAAGGAUCGUACCACCAUCUAAGUCUGAACGGUCUAGUGAGUUGACGCCAUUAUCAUGAUUGAUGUGUGGAUAGUGACUGUGGCCCUGCUCGCUGUGGUCGCGGCAGCAGCCUAUUACUACCUGAAAAGCGUCUAUAGCUUCUUCGACAACACCGGCAUUCCAACCGUGCAGUCGCUGCCGGUCUUGGGUAGCCUGUGGAAAGUAUUUCUGGGCAAAGACUGUCUCGCCGAAGUAGUUAAACAAACUUACAAUGCCCAUCCGGAAGCCAAAUACGUAGGCUUCUUCGAGUUUCUCACACCGACGAUAUUGCUCCGAGACCUGGAAUUGAUAAAGUCCAUCACGGUGAAGAAUUUUGAACAUUUCCAGGAUCACCGCCCGAACGGGAAUACAAUGGAAUGGUUGUUCAGUAAAAACUUAUUUGCUUUACGCGGAGAACGAUGGAAAGAAGUGAGAAAUAUGCUGACCCCAGCCUUCACGUCGAGUAAGAUGAAAGCGAUGUACAAAUUGAUGAACGAUUGUGCAGUGCAGUACGGAGAAAUUUUGGCUACGAUGCCCGUAAAAGAAAGGUCCAUGGAGCUGAAGGACACGUUCACCAGAUACACGAACGACGUGAUCGCCACCUGUGCUUUCGGCGUGACCGUGGAUUCGAUGUCGAACCGUAACAACACGUUCUAUGUGUACGGCAGAAGGGCCACGAAUUUAGAUACCGGGAAGACGAUCAAGUUUUUUCUGUUGCGUACUAUACCUCUGCUUCACAGCGUGUUCGGUAUAAGAAUAGUCAGCAAAGAAAUAACAGACUUCUUCCAGGAUUUAAUUUCGUCUACCAUUAAAGCUAGGGACGAGAAGGGCAUCGUGCGGCCAGACAUGGUCCAGUUAAUGAUGGAAACUAGAGGAAAACUGGGUCCAGGAAAAGAACUGACGAUCCAGGACAUGACCGCGCAUGCGUUUGUUUUCUUCUUCGGCGGGUUCGACAGCAGCUCGACCCUGAUGUGCUUUGCUGCAUAUGAAGUAGGAGUGAAUCCGGAGGUUCAAAAGAGGUUGCAGGAAGAGAUCGACGAGGUGCUGGAGAACGGCAAAGGAGAGGUGUCUUAUGAGGCGAUUAACGACAUGAAGUAUCUUGAGGCUAUUAUAAACGAAGCUCUAAGGAUGUAUCCGGUGACCGCUGCAACAGACAGAACUUGUACGAAACCUUUCGAGCUGCCGCCGACACUGCCAGGAGGCAAACCGUAUCUAAUGAAAGAGGGUGAGAGCCUUUGGAUACCGAUCUACGGUUUGCAAGCCGAUCCUCAAUAUUUUGAGGAGCCGAUGAAAUUCAAUCCGGACCGUUUCCUCGACGAUCCGAAGAAAAUCCUGAAUUCCGGAAUGUUUUUGAGCUUCGGCUUGGGUCCGAGAAUGUGCAUCGGCAACAGGUUCGCGCUUCUCGAGACCAAGGUGUUGCUGUUCCACGUGUUCGCUCGCUGCACUCUCAAACCAAAUGAACGAACACCUAUACCGAUGAAGUUGAGCAAGAAAGGGUUCCAAAUGACGGCUGAAGGUGGAUUUUGGUUCUACGUCGAACCGAGGAAAAUCGCCGCCCCCGUACUUGUGAAUUGCGCGAGCAAUGGCAGUGCUACAUAUCAACAAAUUAUUUAAAAUAGAACGAUCGUGAAAAGCUUUCUUAUAACUAUUAUGAAAAUUUAUAAAACAAUUAAACGUUAUAUAUACAUGUAAGAAGUGACCGGGGUUCAGGUCUUUACAGCGCAUAGUUACGGCCCUGCAUAGCUGUGGCCGGCGAGCGGUGGCCGUAUGGCGCGAAAGUUCUGUGCGCGCACUCUUCCCCGACAUUUUCUUACCCUGUCCCAAAGAAAAACCGAUGUCACGCUUCCCGUGGGGGGUUCCUUUUCAGAAAUAUCUGCAGAAUCUAAUGGCACAUAGCAAAUUCGUUCUAACCAACCCACUUUUCGUAGAAAUGUAAUAGAAGUGCAUACAAAGUACACGCAUCUACCCGUUUUUAAACUUCGAUCAUCAUUUACAAACAUUUAAUGAUACGCAAAAUUCAAAAUUUUUAUAGCUACGUAUUCGGGCGAGUCUUAUUUACUUUCUGCGAUAAAUUUUAACUACCUAUUGUUUUUAGUUUUCGCAUAACUCUUGUUUUUCUGAGAAAUUGGACCGUUUUUACGAAAACUCAGUUUUUUCAAUUUGGUUUUCGGAUUCGUAUUUAGGGCAAGGAACUCUAUAAGAAUCACCUAGUGGUUAUUGUAAAAA